GAUGGCAGUAGAGAGAGACCAUAGGUGGAGGAGAGAGAGAGAGAGAGAGCGUGGGACUGGAAGAGAACAGACCAGAGGCACAAGGCAGGCAAGGGCACGCGGUGCUCCUGCUUGCCCCCACCUCCUCCCUGUUCUAUACUCUCGCACGCCCAAGCCAAGAACUCAUAGCCAUCCCGGGUUGCCCCAGAUCUCGCCUCGAGAUUAUGUGGGAUUAGGUAGAUGAGGGCGGCGCUGUUCGGUGCUGAGCGGAACGGGGCAGCAGACCUCGUCGGCGGCGGAAAGGCGCUGUUUUGGCCGGAGGGGAAGGCGAAGGCGCUAGUGGAGCCGAGGUCCGUGCUGGACUGCACGCGGAGCCCGAGCCCAAACAACUCCACAUCGACGCUGUCGUCGUCCCUGGGCGGCGGCGCCGCGGAUUCAAUCGGCGUGGCGGCAGUUUCGGACAAUAGCACCGUCGCCGCCGCCGAAGCCACCAAAUGGGGAGCCCCUGGCGAGCACGGCGGCGACGGAAAGGAGGAGUGGGCCGGUGGCUGUGAGCUGCCGCCUAUCCCUGGCGGCCUGGACAUGGGGCUCGUCGGCGGUGAGAGCUGGGAUGCCGUACUCGGUAACGCCGCCGCGGCGGGGCAGGACCAGACGUUCUUGAACUGGAUCAUUGGGGCCGCCGGGGACCUGGAUCAGCCUGGGCCGCCGCUUCCGGUGCAUCAGCAGCCGCUUCUUGACAAUGCGGGGUUCGGGUUCUCGGCCACGGACCCCUUGGGCUUCUCGCUCGACCCCCACCUCGGUGGCGUCGCCUCCGACCUGUCGUCCCCUGGUGCGGUGUCGCACACUACCAACAGCGGCGGUGGCAGCAAGGGGUCGUUAGCCUUCGGCCUCUUCUCGCCGGAGUCUGCCUCCCUCCAGCCGCCUCCGCCUCCGAUGUUGCUCCACGAAGGUAUCGACACAAAGCCCUCUCUUCUUGCUGCGCAGCCGCCCGGCCUCCUCCACCAGUACCAGCAACACCCGCCGCCUCCCGCCUCAACUUUCUUCAUGCCCCUCCCGUCCUUCCCUGAUCACAACCAGCAGUCCCCACUUCUCCAACCACCGCCCAAACGCCAUCAAUCCAUGUCCGACGAUCUCUACCUCUCCCGUACCCUGCUACCGCCGGCAGCGGCGGCGCAAGGUCUGGCCUUUCCACCAUUGCAUGGCCCUGCUCCAUUCCAGCUCCAGCCUUCGUCGCCACCACUUUGUGGGGCGAUGAAGACGACGGCUGCGGAGGCGGCCCAGCAGCAGUUGCUCGAUGGGCUGGCGGCGGCGGCAAAGGCGGCCGAAGCCGGCAAUUCCACUGGCGCGCGAGAGAUAUUGGCGCGGCUCAAUCACCAGCUUUCCCCGCUCGGGAAGCCCUUCCUCCGCUCCGCCUCCUACCUCAAGGAGGCCCUCCUCCUCGCGCUCGCCGAAGGCCACCACGGUGCCUCCCACCUCACCUCGCCGCUCGACGUCGCCCUCAAGCUCGCGGCUUACAAGUCUUUCUCUGACCUCUCGCCCGUGCUCCAGUUCACCAACUUCACCGCAACGCAGGCACUUCUCGACGAAAUUACCGGCAGCGCAGCUUCGUGCAUCCAUGUCAUUGACUUUGAUCUUGGCAUCGGCGGCCAGUGGGCUUCCUUCUUGCAGGAGCUCGCUCAUCGCCGCAGCACUGGCGGCGCAGCUCUGCCUUUCGUUAAGCUCACUGCCUUUGUAUCAGCUGCUUCGCACCAUCCACUGGAGCUGCGUCUUACCAGGGAUAACAUCUCACAGUUUGCUGAGGACCUGGGAAUUCGUUUUAAGUUCAAUGCUGUCAGUAUUGACACGUUCAAUCCUGCGGAGCUCAUUUCUCCCACUGGCGAUGAAGUUGUAGCAGUUAGCCUCCCAGUCGGUUGCUCUGCUCGUGCACCACCACUGCCGGCAAUCCUUCUAUUGGUGAAACAGCUUGGUCCUAAGAUUGUGGUUGCUAUAGACCAUGGAGGUGAUCAUGCCGACCUUCCGUUUUCGCAGCACUUCUUGAAUUGCUUUCAGUCUUGCAUGUUCCUCCUUGAUUCUCUUGAUGCUGCCGGCAUUGAUGCUGAUUCUGCCUGCAAAAUUGAGAAGUUUCUGAUUCAGCCAAGAAUUGAAGAUGCGGUGCUUGGGCGGUGCAAGGUGGACAAUCCAAUGGCAUGGAGGAGUGCGUUUGCAGCUGCAGGGUUUGCGCCUGUGUCGCCCAGCAACUUGGCGGAGGCACAGGCUGACUGCCUUCUGAAGCGGGUGCAGGUCCGCGGCUUCCAUGUGGAGAAAUGUGGGGUUGGGCUCACGCUCUAUUGGCAGCACGGCGAGCUUGUCACCAUAUCAGCAUGGCGGUGCUGAUCAGCCAUCUCGGCCUGUGCCCGCCAACGUACCACCACCAUUUGCCGGCAUUUUCAACUCCAGUAAUGUGUAUUUUGUGUUGCAAUUAAUGUUGCAAAGGAAACUAAUGUAUUGGUGUUGAACAUUUCAUGUUGCUCCCCUUUGCAGCUUAUUAGCUAGGUCUAGUGGAGUUAGCAAUGUUGGUGGCAAUGUCUCUAGUGUAAUGAUGUUGCUCUAGGUUCUUACCGCGCUUGCUCUCUGCUCGCUCAACCAUUAUCAUGUCAUUUGAAACACUGCUUGUGAGUAGAGAGGAUAAUUAACCUAUCAAAUGUUUCUGUGGUACAGUAUUAGUAUCUGUUUUCCUGUUUCUUUAUAUUUAUUCUUA